CGGCGAGAAAUGAAGGGAGCAAGCAAGGGACUCGGACCCAAAUAUCUUCUCGAACUAUCCGCGAACUUCCUGACCCAACGAGACCUACGCAGCUGCCGAAGUUACGCCCUCGAAGCCCGAGAUUCCGACCUGAGGAUUUCCUCCGUCGCUGACCAAAUCAUUUCCAUCGCCGACGUCCUGCUCGCCGCAGAGCGCCGCUUCGGAAACGGCCUCCUGGACUACUUCUCUAUUCUCCAAGUCCGCCGCUCCGACUCCGGGAACCGGGAGCUCCUUUGGACCCAGUUCGAGAAGCUGGCGACCCUCCUGAACCCGACCGUCAACAAGUUCGCAUUCGCCGAGGAGGCCGGGGUCCUCGUCCGCGACGCCUGGUCCGUGCUGUCCGACCCGGAAAAGAAAACCCGGUACGAGAGCGAAAUCGACGGGCCCGAAAAGAAAGGGACCGAGACUAGCGAGAACAAAGAAACAUUCUGGACCCUGUGUCCGUACUGUUACUGCAUGUACGAGUACGAGAAGGUUUACGAGGAGUGUUGCCUGAGGUGCCAGAAUUGUCAGCGGGCCUUUCAUGGGGUGUCGAUCAAAUCGCCACCACAGAGCGUGCUCGUGGGGGAGGAGAACUACUACCGUUGUGGCUGGGGCUGUUUUCCUGUGGGGUGUGAAAAGGGUGCAGAGAAUGAUGGUGAUCGUGAGGGUAAAAACGACAGCGUUCAAGGGAAUGCGCGAAUGAGGAAUGUGAAGACUAAGGCGGGCCGGCGGGUGAUGAAGAACGUGAAGACUGUGGCGAGGAACACUGCGAAGAUAAUGGGGAGAGGGAUGAGUGGUAGGAAGAAUGGAAUGGAAAGAAUAAAUUUGAAUGUGGAAUGUGGUGACUCUGGUGAGGAUGAGUUGGAGUUCUUUGAGGGGGAUGAUGAUAUUUUUGUUGGUGUAGUAUUGGGUCGGCAGUGAUUA